AUGGCGAUUCUCGCCCACAUCGCGAUCGACGCGUGUCAUCGCACCGGUCCAUCGACCGUUAGAUUUCACCUCGCGGCGCCGGUGCGCGACGUCGACGCCGCCGACGCGAUGACGCCGACGCCGACGUGUAAACGAUGCUCGACGCCGGCGUACGCGGCGGAGUCCAUCGACGCCGACGGGCGGUAUCACGCGCGAUGUUUCACGUGCGCGACGUGCGGGAGCAAGCUGCGCCUCGGGACCUUUCGCGCCGUGGACGGUGACGUGUACUGCGUCGCGCACGCCACGGCGCGCGCGCGGGCGGUGAAACCCAACCUCGGCGCGGACGCGUUGGAGAUCGCGACGUACGCGGGACGGGGGCGGACGACGACGACGAUGGGACGGGCGGGCGACGGGGCGGGCGACGGGACGACGGCGACGGGACGCGCGUCGGGGAGCACGGACGCGGCGCGCGCGGUGGAGGGCCUUCGGCCGGCGCGGGAGAGGGUGGUGCCGGCGCGGCCGGCGUGCGCGCGGUGCGCGAAGACGGCGUAUCCGAUGGAGCGCGUGGACGUGAACGGGAAGACGUGGCACACGAUGUGUUUCAAGUGUAAGACGUGCGGGAUCGCGCUGAGUCUGUCGACGUUCGUGUUCGCGCGGGAUGCGGUGUAUUGUCGACGAGACGCACCGAAAGCGGGGGUGGGGGUGACGGGCGUCGAGCGAUUCGCGGCGUCGCCCGGAGCCGAGAUUGAGUCUUCGCGCUCCGUUCGCGACGAACGAAGCGACGGGAUGCGGGCGGAAGAGUUGUUGGAGACGGGGGGAGAACGAGCGGUCAAAGGCGUCGAAGAGAAGGCGGAGUCGCCGACGGACGUCGUCGAGAGCGAACCAAUCGUCGAGAGCGAACCAAUCGUCGAGAGCGAACCAAUCGUCGAGAGCGAACCAAUCGUCGAGAGCGAACCAAUCGUCGAGAGCGAACCAAUCGUCGAGAGCGAACCAAUCGUCGAGAGCGAACCAAUCGUCGAAAACGACGAGAAAUCGACGGUUGAUGUGCGGGUUGUGAACGACGAGGCGACUACGGCGGUGACGCAACCGAAUGAAGAGACGCCAACGGUUGAUGACAUCGUCGAAAACGUGGCUGCCAUCACCGUAGAAGACAUCGUGGAACCGAUAAAGGUCGACCCGACUCAGAACCAAGACGUUUCGAGUGUUAGCGAAUCGGUCGUUCUCAAGCCGCAGCUAGGGAGCGAAGGCGGACGCGGCGGCGGUGGAAAGAAAAAGAAGCGAGGAGGGAAGGGCGGGCGGAGGUAG